GUCGUCACCGAGACUCGGGCUCGCGCGUGGAACAACAAGACGGACAUAUGGUUCAAGUUUAGUGCGAGGAAGCGGAGCAAGAUAUACGACUUCUUGUUCCUGCAAAUGCGGCCGAAGAGAGACACCGACUCCGAGUACGUGCGCCGCAAGGACCGCAUGUUCACGUUGCUCGACAACUACCAUGGCGCCUCCCGCAUGAACGUGAAGACCUUCCUCGAGAGGUUGCAGUCCCUUUGCUUCGUGGAGUCAGAGGAGGAGCUGACGUUCGGCAGUUACUCCUCCUUGAUCUCCACGGAAGACGAGGAGACCACCGACAUCAAGUUCGACGCGACCGCGGACGAGGGGGGCAGCGACACUAAAAGCGUUGACCUGCAGUACGACCAACAUUCCGCGCAGCACGGUACAGGGUCGUCCUUGGCAGGUCCGUCGACAAGCUCGGCGUCCCUCGUGUCACCGAUGGCGAAACCGGCGCCUGGCACUACAUCGAUGAAGUUGCUGCAGAGAAUGCAAGCUCUGGCCUCCGGCCAUCGCUCACUGCGUCCUGGGUCUGACAUCCAACCCGAUCAUCUGUCUUGGACGAAUGCCAACAUUCACUUUCUGCCUGAGCCUCAAAGUCGUUCCAGGGAGGCGGACUGGGGCCAUGACAUGAUUUGGCAUCCAUGAGUCAUCUAGCUGGCGAUCCAAAAGG